CCCCGCCCAUAGCUGUCCAGUAACCUGUAGCUACUGAUUUCUUCGCUGGACAUUAGAUCUCAGAUUGGACUCAGUUUAACAUCAUAAACACAGAGAACAGGGAUGUUGGAGCCUGAAGAACGCAGAGCUUCAGUCUCGUCUGUUUCAUCCAUCUCUCUGAUAGAGAUCAAGGCUGAAACUCAUCUUGUCCUCCAAGCUUUCCUAGAGCGAGCUUUGUCCACCCCCCACAAAGACAGACCGGGCCGGGUAGCGGGAGCCUAUGUGGACCAGAACCUCUACAGGUCUCCCCCUAGCUUGACGCCGCUGUCCAAACAAAAGGAGGAAAAUGAUUCUCAAGCAGAAAAGGAAGAUGAUAAGAAGACUGGAUUUAAGGACCUCGUGAAAAACUUUCCUCUUAAUUCAGUUAUCCGUGGGAAAGGCUCCCUGGGAAAGAGCAGCAAGGCGAAGCAGUCCCACCUCACCGAGGAGUGUGUCUCUCCCUCCUCAUCUUCAGAUGAAGAUGAAAGUGAAAAAAAGAUGAAGCUGAGACAAGCAAAGAUUAAAAAGAAGCUUGCUUCAUUCUUCGGAAAGAAGAUAAAAGAAAUAAAAGAGAAGGACAAAGAACAAAGAGAUUCUCCUCAGAGAUCAAAGGGCUCAACACGUGAAAAAAAACACACAAAGGACCUCGCCUCUCCUGACCAUCCUCCUACCUUCUAUGAAGAGCUUGCUGAGAAGCUGGAAAACAUUGCAAGGAGCUCCACCAAGUCGACGCCAAGUUCAACAUUGCCGACCUUGACAGUUACUGAUAAUGAUGAAGUGGUGAAUGAUCUGGUGAAGCUGCUGUGUUCAGAAGGAGAUGCUAUAGACACUAAGAUCCAGGAGGACUCGCUGCUGCGCAACAAAUUAAACCGUAUGUCCUACAGAUCCUUUAAGAACAUUCUAGACUUCUUUGGCAAAAGUCAGGUCACUCAGGCCCCCCCCUUAAAACCGGCUGCCAGUCCAACACUACAACGGAUAGCUAUCUCUAUGGAUAUGUCCCGGCGGAUAGUGACAGCCACAGGGACGCAGCGGAUGAGGGAAAAUGCAGAACGCUACAUGAACACCUUCGUCCCCUGGGUCAAGAGUCAUGGAGGAUGGGAAAAUGUUCUCAGUGGAGAGGAUACUGAAGAGUGGGAUUGAGGGUCUCAGUGUCUUUUUAUUGCAAACCAGCGAUGACCUGGACGAUGCCGACCGACAGAGGGGCAGAGGAGUCCUCUUUUAGAUCUUUUACAUGGAAGGAGCCUCUUUGAUCUUUGCAGGUUUCGAGUUCUUCCAGUUCAUCUUUUUUAUUUUUACUUUAACACUCAAAGACUUAUUUAUCUCACUGCUGCUGCUAAGCAUUUCUGUUUAAGGACUUGUCAGUUUGACAUGUAAUGUUACCUCAAUUAGGGAAAGAUUUACAUUUAAAUCACAGCUAAAGCCGCUCAAACCAGUGUGUCACAUGGGAAGACUCAAAAAAAAAAAAAUAACAAAAAAAAAAGCAAACAACCACUUUAUUACCUGCUGGAUCAUCCCACAGUGAGACAACAAGCUCAUUGUUAUACAUGAUGCUUUAUGGCAAGUUUUAUUGUCA